GGUGUAUGCGACUUGAAAAUGUUGGCUCAGCUGAUCAAAAUCCACUUCACAAGUUUUACUAGAAUUAGUAAAGUUUUACAAAAAUCCCUCUAAAUACCAAGUUGAAGUUCUUGGCAUGCAUCAAGGAAGUCAAUGUUAACGAGUCCCAUUACGUCAUGAUAAGCAAGCAUUCUGUGCCAUAUGACUAGAUAUAUAGGAACGAACAAAAAGUUGCCAGAUUAUAAACAUCCAUAGAUAUAUUAGCAGUAUUUACAGUGUGUUUCAUCUGGAGCGAAAGACGGUUAACUCGCGACAGCAUCGAUAAAAAUUUCCAAUUUGUGCCAAUUCAAUGUUGAAUUCAUGUCAGUGCAAACAUAUGUAAUCAUUAAAAAUUGUAAUGUUAUCGAACUAAUACGGACAAAGAAAAUAAAGUAAGCAUGUCCAAUCAAUAUACUAGUGUGCCACAAAGCAAUAUUAUUGCCCCAACCGAUUUCAAAUAUGGUGAUGCGGAUAUUUGUUCCAAACGUCGGAAGUGUAAUGAUGCUAAUUCCGAGCCUAGUGAUGAUACUGAAUAUGCGGAGUUCUCAAAAAUUGUUGACGAAUCGGAGGGCAAUAGUUCUUUUAUGGACUUUUCUUCAAAUGAGUUAAGUUCAGAUUUUAAAGGAGGACUGCUUAAUUCAACCACAAACCCAUCAACAAAAUUAAAUACAUUAUCAUCAUCAAUAUUAUCAACAAACGAAAAUGUUAGUGAAAAUGCUUGUUUUAUAACAACAACACCUUCACAAACAAGUAAAGGUUUUGAAAACACAUUUAAACUACUACAAACACAAGUUGAAUGUAAUGCUAAAAAGGCUAUUAAUGUAAUGCAGACGUUUAAUGUUGAUUCGUCGUUAUUAAGUAGCGGUUGUAGCUCAUUAGCUUCUAUCAGUGAGUUAGAGGAACCGCCCACACGUUUGGAACUGGAAUUGGAAGCAAUGCAACGCGUUCGUACUCUAGCUGCUCACAAGACAUGUUCUAAUAUAUCACCACGUUUUGUAUCGCUUUUAUGCGACUUUGUGUGUAAAGGCCAAAAAGAAGGUGAAAUAGAAGGUGCAAAAAUUAUUCGGAAAGAUCUGUCACACAAUAAUCCCCAAGAUCUAAUAUAUCAUGCAGCUAGAAAUUCUGACGGAAAAAAUUGUUUGAAAGUUGUAAGGACUUUAUAUUCAGAUCCAGUCCUAUGCGGAAACCGUGUAAGCCAAAUGACUCGCGCAUAUGAUGAUAUUGAAGCUGUGACGCGCUUGCUGGAAGAGAAAGAAAAGGACUUGGAAUUGACAGUACAAAUCGGCAAGGAACUUUUGACGCAAAACAAUGCUCUUGAAAGCAGAAUAGCAGAGCUGGAAGCUGAUUUAAAAGCGUCCAACGAGGAUCGUGCACAACUAGUACAUGAACUACAUAAGAAAAAUGAGCUGAUCGCCGUGCUAACGAAUGACUCUGACGAAGGGAGUGAAAAUGAUACGCCUACGUUUUCCAAAUCAAUUACUUUGGAUUUACUGCAAAAGAAAAUCGCUUCCUUGCAGGAUGAGAAUAAGUCCUUAAAACUUGAAGUCGUACAAAUUGCCUCGCAAACAGAUGCUGUAGAGGCCCAAGAACGCCAAUUAAUGGAAGACAUCACAGCACAAUUGAAUGAAGCUAAUGGUCGCUUCGGCGGCAUGAGUUUGGAGUUGGAGCGUCAGCGAGAGGAGAAUCGUUUACAACACGAACAAAUUAUCAGUUUGACAGCGCGUUUGUCCGAAGCCGAAAUGAGACUGCAUCAGUUAACGCACGACAAUGAUGAGCAUGUUACACUUUUGAAUAUAACAAAAGAGAACCAAAAUUCAUUAGCUGUAGAAUUACUUGAAUUCAAGCAGCGCUAUCAAGAAGUAUUGGCUCUACUGCAAGAAGCCCAAGAGCAGCUACGCAAUCAGCGAAAGAAAACAAUGCCACAAGCACGCAGCUCAUUUAUAUCGAGCUCUGGUUUGCUGCAACCGGAGUCCUUGCAGUGCGAGUUGAUGGAAUCAUCGAUGUACUCAGAGAAUAGUCUUGAUUCUGGUAUUUCGGGUGAUACUCAGCGCGCUGAACGUAUGGGUCGUUUAAUGUCUCAAUUGCCUGGAAUAUAUGGUGGUGGCGGUGGAGCAGCUGGAUCUGCGUAUGCGAUAGGCGUUGGUGUUGGUACUCUCCCUCCAUAUAAACGCGUUUUCGAGACAGUGCGUUGUGCGAGCAAAACUGGCAACUACAUGGAUAGUGGGAAUUCAUCAAUGACGCAACUUGGCGCUAUGGCGAUGAGUAGUUCGGUGGGGCCGCGGAUGUCUGCGAUGCCGUAUCGUGGUGCCGCCUUCGACGAUAAUCCUAUGGGUCUAAAGACCUUGUCGUGCGAAAGCCUGGCAUCACAAUCGGACGACGGCUAUCCAGCGGCACCAUCUGGGGUGCCUGGUGCGCCAGGAGCUAAAGACUUGGAAGCCGCAUUGAAACGACUCACACCAGCAGAAGUGUUGGCCCGUCGUGCUAUGCUGUCGUAUGCUCCAGUUGGCACAUAUACGUAUGAUGAACAGCCAACAACCACAAACACACUUCCGCAAGGUAUACGCACGCCAGAUAGUAUUAUGUCGACAGGUUCAUCGGGCAUUUCGUCAACGAACAUGUCGGCAUCAAUGCAACAAUGGCGUCUACCCGAAAAAUUGCAGAUUGUGAAACCAAUUGAAGGUUCCCAAACAUUGCACCAUUGGUCACGUUUGGCAACGCCAACGUUGAGCGGCUUACUUGAGGAACGACCAGGCGUAACAAUUCGCGGUGGUCGCGGUUUAGAUGAUUUGGGCAUGCAAGUAUAUACACUGUCUGAUGUGGAGGAGGACGUGAGUGAUGACUUGCCUGGCAAGCAAUUUGAGGCCUCUGGCUGUACAUACACCUAUACAACGAGCAUGGUAAUGCAUCCCGAUGACGGUCUCAAUGAUCUAUCGUUUUUAUCACAGUCGCAAUUAUCGUCGCGCAUGGCAUCAGCGUCUACUUCUCGACAACCAAGUUGCCCGCCCACACCACACGGUGGUCUGUCGCGCAAGAAUUCAUGCUCGACGUUUUCGGUUAAUUUAGGUCUGGCUUCUAUGUUGAAUGAGCGUGGAAUUAAAGCUGUGACGCCAAGUGCAUUGAACACACCUGCCGGGCCGAACUUUUCACCCACUGUCACACCCUGCAAUAGUCCCGAGGGUUCACCUCCACGUUCCUCAUCGCCCGAACCAUUGUUCGGUAUCUUAUCGACAGGUGCAGAUUUAAUUAGACGUAAACUAAUUGGUGACAUUGAAAGGCCAAACCGUAAUCAAGCUCAACAAAAACAACAAAAAAUAAUGCUAUCGCGCUUAGAACGGCGAGCUUUACGUUCGCUGAAGUUGGUAGAAAAAGUCGAGAGUAUUGGUUUGGAGAAUAUUAUUGUCGCACAUCCCAAUGCUAUGUCGCAAAUGGCUAGUGGAAUAGCAAGUCGCAGCUCCAGUCCAAUGGCACAAUUAAUUAGUCUUAAGAAUCUGCACACUUGCGCCAACAACGUAGUCGACGACAUUCACUUCGAUCGUGAUCAAAUAAAAACUGUGCUACAUAAAGGACUUAAUACACCACCAACUACAACAGCGAGCGGGAGCAUCGACGAAUGCCACUUUAGAAAUACAACAACAGAUUCAACAGCAACAACAAGCGCAAUAAGCACAGAAAGACCUGCGUUUAAAGAUGAGGAUCACUCUGGGAUAGGAGGGCUACAAAAUGCGGGUGGCGUAGCGACGGCAACCUCGUCCACGAGCACAACAGAGUCUCGUAUAAAGCAAUUACAGCGACAAAAAUCGCGUCGAACCCUUAAGAAUGGUAUUGCUGGUCAACAGCGGCCAGACUUGGGUACUAUCGGUGGUGGUGGUGGUGGACGUGUACGCCCCGAUCUAGGAAAAGUGUCUUCAGGAGCCUCAAUAUCUGGAGUAAAGAGCGAAACAACAGUGGGGCCAGCUCAGACGCAGAAGAGACCUCAAAAACAGCGUGAACCUCGAGAACCGCGGGAACAACAAAGUAUAACACAAGCAUUUGUCGGAAGCGUAAGUUCUUUACUGUUUGGACGCAAAGGUGGUUGGCUGUAGAGCAUCUAUACCUAUUUUACUAAUUGUGGUUAUUUAAGUAUGAUGAUAAUAUAAUUACUAUAUAUUUUAAUUUGAUAAUGUUUGAACGAAAUAUUAUGAUUAUAAACGGAUAACGAAUAGUGGUUAACCUCGAUAGCGGUGCAAAGUUUGGCACAACAUUGAAAAUUAAACCACUAAUGUAAAGGAAAAUGCACAUAUUAAUACAAUGUUAUUUCUAUGAUAAGAGUCUUAUAUGACAAGAUAAUCCAAUCUGCAUACAUGAAAAGGAUGAUGAUAAUAAUGACCAUGUAUAUGUUUACAAAAAUUGAUUGCAACGAUAGUGAAGAUGUGAAUAUGUGAAAAUGCCAAGGCUAAUAAUAAUUUAUGGUGCACAUAAUUGAAAAGCAUUUUAUAGAGUUAUUCUAAUACGUAUACAUUAAUUAAAAAGGGAAAUAUUGCGUCUAUUUGCUUUAUCCCUUAACAAAAUGUAGCUACCAGAGUAAAUGCAUUGUUAUAUAAGUAUGUGUAGGGGGAUAAAUAUUAUAUACUUAUUUACUUUAUAUUUACCAUAGAGUAAUUCAUGAAAUAUUUUUCUCCUUUUGAUUAGUUUAGUUUUAUUCAUCAGUAUACUUUUUUUGAUUUUAUUUUUUAUUUUUUGAUCACACUUUCAUUUAAGUAUUGUAUGUAUUUGAAUUUUUAUUUGAGACAUAUACAUUCGCAUGGCUUAGCAAUGAAUACGCUAAAGAUUUUAGUACUGCCUCUAUGAGCUCAUCAUACACGCUUAAUUUCAAAAUACGCUUUUCCGUAUAAAUUUUACUUAACAUUUUUAUAACUUGACCGUAUGCGCGCUAUUUUAUUGGUUGCUAUUGCCUUGGUGUUCAUUUUAUUGCUUGUAAAUAUGAAAAUAAAAGUUAUGGAGUUAUUUGAAGAGCAAUCCAAAGUCAACAUUUUGUUUUUUUAUUGAAAGUUUUGGAACUUUAAUCAAAAACACUCCAUUGUGGUGCUUUAAGCAAACAGAACAAGGCUUUUUGUAUAGAUGAUUGUUUUUUUUUUUUGCAGAUAAAAAUUCAAAGUUCUACAUACAAAAUUAAUUUGACUCAGCUACAUUGUGCAAUUAAUAAAAUCUGUGAGGUUUCAGUUUUUGGAAUUAAACUUUUAAAAAUUUACUUGACGAUAUUAAAAAUCAUGUUCUUCAUUUAGGAGCUCGAUGACUUUCUUUUUCUCACCAAAGCUUCAUUAUAGUGGAACUAAAUAAAUAAAAUUUGCAAAUAAUUAUUUCAUUCAGGCCCUUGAAUCUUACAAGAGAAAUUAGCGAAGAUCGUAAUUGACGUUAAAAUUUUCAAGUUCAACUUAAGAAGUGAAUUGUCAAAAGGAGAACAGUAAAAUCAAACAAAGUCAGCAGGUGUUAUAAGAGUAGUAGUGUUCGAUAACAAAAUUUGCGAUCACUAGUCAUCAAGCAAAAGUAAGGUGCAAGCGAAAAAUCUCUGCCAAAGAGAAAAAGAGAGUUUGUUAACAAAUGUUUGCAUAAUUUGAGUUAUAUACUCAAGUUUUCUGUGGAUAACUUUUCCAUUUUAUCAUUUCUGUAAAUUGCAAUUUUCAAAUCGGCGCAAGGGCAAAAGUGCCAAACUACAAGAUACCUCAAGAAAUUAUUGUGUUUGUUUGCAAAAAGUUCAGUCAUAUGCUUUCGUGAUGGAUAGUUUUUGCUGUCUAAAAUUACUCCAACUAGUGAUCUCACAGAUACCCUGGAUCCCCUGGCGUUUUUUGAAUUUUAUCCCGCCAUUUAAAUUAAAAUAACUAAAAAAACUUCAGCACUAGUGAGCGUCUCUUUUGCAUCUACUGUCACUUUGCUCUCUAAAUUUUUGAGUGAUGGAUAAUUUUAUGGCGGUCACGAACGUCUAACUAUUAAAAAUUUGGGUGUUAUCGAACACGACUACCAAUACUGUUAAAACAACAACAACUAAUGUUGAAAAGUAUUAAAAUUCGCUCCUGUUGUUGUUGUUGUAGCAGCAUAAACAUUCCCCAUACUUACAUACGGGGAAUGGUGCUGGAGUGACAGUCCUUGGCCGGAUAUAAAUCCGGGUCGUUUCGGUUACGUAGAACCGACUGUCGUGGAAACGAAAAUUCGCCCCUAUUUUCGUUUGAUUGUACGGAAAGUAAAUAGGGCGUUCACAAAGGGGUUAUCGCUGGGAGAGCGAUCAAUACAUACCUACAUCAUUAUGGUAAUUACAUUAUGGCUAUCUUUAUUAUUAGUUAUUAUUAUUAUUAUUAUUAUUAUUAGUUUUUAUUAAUAUUUCCUUUUUUUUUUGCAAUUAUAAAAACUACACCAGUUGGUAUUUUGAUUAUGUUUAUUGGAAAUAUAUGCUUAAUUUUUUCUGCUAUGUUCCUUUUAAAAAACGCUUUAUGUUUUAUAAGUUUAGCGAAUAAUUUCAUAAAAUUCAUUAUAAUUUUAAGUUUAUAUUAAAUAAUUUUUGAAUCUAUUCCUUAAAUUAAAACUAAUUUGCAUACAAGUUCUCUCCCAAAUAUAUUAGGAUGUAUGAUUAUAAUUUCAUUUGAGUAAGCUUCGUCCGUACAAUUCAACUAUCACUGGCUGUUGGACAUUGCUAUAUAGCGCUUAUUUAUUUCUAGUCUAUUAUCUACCACUUCCUUAAUGUUCGCUCUUCGCUAUUCGUUGUUGCAUCCGAUAAUGAAAUACUUAGUUUGUAAAUGAAACAUUGUGAUGUAAAUAAAAUAUAAUUUUUUCUCUCUCCAAACUAUACAUAGUCUAGUUUGGUUGACGAAUGUGCAUAAGAGCGGUUGGUCAUAGCGUAUUUCACAUAAAAUUACUACGAGCAAAUAGUUACAUUACACUUAAGAGUGCAGGAGAAACGAAAAAGUCACUCCCAAAAUAGUAGUAGUAAUGGCAUAAAAAUGGGGGCUAAAGCGUGUUAGUGUCUCUCUCUCACAUAUUUGCAUGUACAUGUGUUUGUAUGUACGUGCGAUUAUGUUGAACACAUAAUUAAAUAUCUAUCACUUGUGAUAAAUUUUGAUCAUUUCAGUAACAGCAUUGCUUUUGCUUAAAUAAAAUUAAAAAAAAUAACAAAUGGAUGCCUGUGUUGUGAUUUUUUCGUCACAGUUAUUACGGCCAGGGAUUGUAUAGAAGAACGGCUUUAUUUUCCUAAAUAGAGGUAAAUUUAGUAAAAGAUUAUAUUGGUGCAUAUAUGUAGGUAAGAAUUA